CUCUCGCUCUCUCUUUCUAGUUUCUAACAAACACACAUUGCCUUCCACGCGCCAUUGUAUAACAGAAAAGAUGCUGUCUCUCGUUUACACGACCCCAAAAGCCAAUUCCACCUCUCCUCUCGUCAGCUUACCUCACUAUUCUUCUUCUCCUCCUCCUUUUCACACUUCACCUUCAAAGACUCACCACAGCCACAGCCACACCCUAUCUCUACCUGCUUCACCACGUCGCUCAACCAGGUUCAGAAUGUCGUCCUCCGAUUCGCUUCCCCCUCUCCCGGAAAACCGGACCGUGCUCGGUGUGGGCAGCAUGGGGCUGGAUUUCUUGGCGGUCGUGUCCUCUUAUCCUAAGCCGGACGAUAAGAUCAGGACCACCAGCUUGAAGGUUCAAGGAGGUGGAAAUGCCAGUAAUGCUUUAACUUGUGUGGCUCGUUUGGGGCUAAGUCCCAGGGUCAUUUCCAAGGUUGCGGAUGAUACACAAGGCAGGGGUAUAAUGGAGGAGCUACAAGCCGAAGGCGUAGAUACUUCUUUUGUUGUGGUUGCUGAGGAGGGUAAUUCACCAUUUACCUACAUUAUUGUUGACAAUGAAACGAAUACUCGUACGUGUAUUCAUACUGAAGGAUAUCCUCCUAUGAUACCGGAUGACCUUUCGCCUUCAAGUUUAUCGUCUGCACUGGAUGGAGCAAGACUUGCUUAUUUUGAUGGACGUCUACAUGAAACUGCUUUACUUAUUGCACAGGAGGCUACUCGCCGGAACAUACCUAUAUUAAUUGAGGCUGAAAGGAUAAGAGAAGGGUUGGAUGAUCUUCUAAACUUGUCUGAGUAUGCCAUAUGCUCAGCAAAAUUUCCAAAGGCAUGGACAGGAGCAGAAACUUUUCCAAGUGCUCUUGUUUCAAUGCUUUUGAAAUUGCCAAAGCUCAAAUUUUCAAUUGUGACCUUGGGUGAAGAUGGAUGCAUAAUGCUUGAGAGAAAUAUAGAAGAGGCUCCUCAGACGGAAGAAAUGGACGUGGACAGCUUAUUCGAAGCGCUGAAGCAGAGAAAGGAUGACAGCAUAACCAGACCAACAUAUGUUUCAUCUCCAGUUACAAACUUGAGAGCCAAUGGAAUAGGGACAGUGUGUGGAAGGCUGCUUGUGGGAACAGCUGAGAAAAUACCACCCUCUGAGCUUGUAGAUACAACGGGUGCUGGAGAUAGUUUUAUUGGAGCAGUUAUUUAUGCUGUUUGCACCAACACGCCACCAGAGAAAAUGCUCCCUUUUGCUUCUCAAGUGGCUGCUGCCUGCUGUAGAGGUUUGGGAGCACGAACUAGUCUUCCACACCGCACAGAUCCACUCUUGGCACCAUUUCUAUGAUAAGAUUUCACACAGCUACAACUCAGAGCUCUAAUUUGGAGACAUUAGGCCUAGAACUUGAGAUACUUCCUCCCAUGAGAUAGAAAUUUGUAAACUAUUGUUCUUGAUGGAGACAUUUGCAAUCCCCUUGUAAACAACAGAAGGUUUGAUAAUGUAGUUUGUAAAUUUGUGCAA